GAAUGUAUGGAAAUUCAUCUCCCACUAUCCUAGUGCUCAGUAGUCCAGAAGCUAAGUCACAGGCUGUCCUCUCAGGGACCCCAAUUAAACAGAAUAAAUAACUGACGAACCAAUUAUGAUUUACAGGAAGCUGUGCCUUGAAGAGAAAUUUGAAGAAGGGUCCAGUCUCACUACGAUAGAGAGAUGGAGACCAAUAAACAGAGCGUGACCCCAUCUCUGGUGUUCGCCGUUACUGUUGCCACGAUCGGCUCUUUCCAGUUUGGCUACAACACUGGAGUCAUCAAUGCCCCUGAGACAAUCAUAAAAGACUUUCUCAACUACACUUUGGAAGAGAAGUCAGAAGACCCGCCAACUAAGGAGAUGCUGACCACCCUCUGGUCCUUGUGUGUAGCCAUCUUCUCCGUUGGUGGAAUGAUUGGCUCUUUAUCUGUUGGAAUCUUUGUCAACCGCUUUGGCAGGCGCAACUCUAUGCUUCUAGUCAACCUACUUGCCAUCACUGGUGGCUGCCUUAUGGGUUUUGCCAAGAUAGGUGAAUCUGUUGAAAUGCUGAUCCUGGGCCGCUUGAUUAUUGGCAUCUUCUGUGGACUGUGCACAGGCUUUGUGCCCAUGUACAUUGGAGAGGUAUCUCCCACUUCCCUGCGGGGUGCCUUUGGCACACUAAACCAGCUGGGCAUUGUCAUCGGGAUCCUGGUGGCUCAGAUCUUUGGUUUGGACUUCAUCCUGGGCUCUGAAGAUCUGUGGCCUGGGCUGUUGGGCUUGACAAUCGUUCCAGCUAUCUUACAAAGUGCAGCCCUUCCGUUUUGCCCCGAAAGCCCGAGAUUCUUGCUCAUUAACCGAAAGGAGGAAGAACGCGCGAAGGAGAUCCUCCAGCGGUUGUGGGGCACCCAGGAUGUGGCCCAGGAGAUCCAGGAGAUGAAAGAUGAGAGUGUCAGGAUGACGCAGGAGAAGCAGAUCACCGUGGUGGAGCUCUUCAAGUCAGCUAACUACCACCAGCCACUCAUCAUCUCCAUCAUGCUGCAGCUAUCUCAGCAGCUCUCUGGAAUCAAUGCUGUGUUCUAUUACUCAACAGGGAUCUUCAAGGAUGCAGGUGUCCAGGAGCCAAUCUAUGCUACGAUUGGAGCGGGUGUGGUUAAUACCAUCUUCACUGUAGUUUCUCUGUUCCUGGUGGAGAAGGCAGGAAGGCGAACCCUGCACAUGAUAGGCCUGGGAGGCAUGGCUGUUUGUUCCAUCUUCAUGACGGUCUCUCUGUUACUGAAGGAUAAGUAUGAAGCCAUGAGCUUUGUCUGUAUUGUGGCUAUCUUGGUCUAUGUGGCCUUCUUUGAGAUUGGACCGGGCCCCAUUCCCUGGUUUAUUGUGGCUGAACUCUUUAGCCAAGGUCCCCGCCCAGCUGCCAUGGCAGUGGCUGGCUGUUCUAACUGGACCUCCAACUUCUUGGUUGGGAUGCUCUUCCCCUCGGCUGCAGACUACUUGGGAGCCUACGUUUUUAUCAUCUUUGCUGCUUUCCUCACUAUCUUCUUAAUCUUCACCUUCUUCAAAGUCCCUGAGACCAAAGGCAGGACUUUCGAAGACAUUACCCGGGCCUUCGAGGGGCAGGCUGCGAAAACCUCUGGUGUGGAGUUGAACAGCAUGCAGCCUGUCAAGGAUACCCCUGGCAAUGCCUGAGGCGGACCUCCUUCACCUCCCUCCACCAUGGAAAGCAACCUCCCCAAAGCGGGGAGACCUCAUCAGGAUGAACCAGGACUGCUCUGGGCGCUGCUAUUGAUCCUUUGUCGCCCCACACACUCCAUGAACACUCGGCAGCACCCAAUGCUGGGGUUAGCCGGAUCACCAAUGGCUUGUUAGCUGUUUUCAUUUCUUGGGGCUAUUUCUUGAGGGAAUCUACCUUCAUGUCAGGAGAGAGUGGCUGCAGUUCCUCUUAGUUCUAGGAUCCCCUUUGCCUAGGGAGUAGGAGUGGGGUGCAGCCCCUGUCCCCCCAACCUCAGCUUGCCAGGAAACAAACAGACCUUCACACCUAGUGUUGGGGCCACUGGGGAUUAAAUGAGAGCCCUCCUCACUUGUUACAGCUCUGCACAGCUAAAGUAACUUGAGUUUUAUUUAUUUUAUCUUCAGGUUUUAUUGCAUAAAUAUUUAUUUUUUUAAGUGUAAUUUUACCAAAUAAUGAAAGAGUAAGGAAAUUUGGUCGGAGGGAGGGAAGAGAGGAAAGAAGGGUUGGUGCUGGAGGGUGAUGGUGCAACAUGAAUGGAGAACAGACAUUGCUGGUGGACAUGUGAGCUGCCUCUGUUCUAGACAAAGACUCUUCAGGGGUUUUCCCAGAAGAGCGAGUGCCUGUAGGGAAAGGCUCACAGCUUUCUGUGGGCCUUUUAAGAUUAUAGUUUUUAUGUAGGGUUACUUGAAAUCUAUGCUUGUUACAAAGAUGGGCUUUGUAGUUAGUGGUGUUGGUGGCCUUUUAUUUUGCAUGGAGUCCAGAGAAGGCAGAAGGGCUUGUAGAACACUUUUCUCCUUCCCCUGGGCCAAACACCUUGUUCCUGUCCUGAUGAACUUCCUGUUUUCUUUUCCUUCAGUCACCCCCACUACCUAACUGGUGAGCGAGCCAUGCAGUAGCUCUCUAUAGGCAUUUCUUAUUUCAAUUUUGUUUCUUAAGGAGAUUUUGUGUGUUGAUUUUGUUUUAUUUUGAUUUAAAGGGAUUCAUAGCUAACUUGGACUUUGUUACCUCAGCUCCAGGAGAGGGUUUUUUCCUGAUUAUUAAUUACCUUGUUUGAAUACUUUGUUGCUCUGCGGUCAUGGCAUGCUCGUCUAUGUCUGUUACACUCUCAGGCUACCCGUGUGGCCGUGUUCCUGUGAUACUGUGCUAAGUGCCCGAGGGGCCUUGACUCUGCUAGACACAUUAGAGACAGUGUGCAUAAUUGUGCAGUGUGGCCCACACUUGAGGAUAUGAAUGUAUGUGCACUGGCACUUUGCUCUGGCUGUUAAGAACUUGUUUCCUUUGUUCCUGUAGCUUUCUUUUUGCUAGAAUCUAUGAACACUCAUCUCUGUACGUGAGCAGCAGUGCCUCUGCCGGGUGGGGUUUGCACCUGGACUAGAUCUCACUCACCUGGCUCCCUGUCCUUGUUGGAGAGGGGUGCUUCCUUGAAGUUUGGGAUGCAAGGCUCAGCCUCACUCCAGCUGUGAGGUCAGAACUCCUGAAGACCCAGCUGUGGGGAGAGGGAGGAUUUCUUUGAAGGGACUAGGAGGUUGUAUGUUGGGGGGAAUGCCAGGAUUCCCACCUGCCAUAGGUCACGGAUCCCUCAACAACCCAUCCCCUCCUUCUCCACUUGGUUCAUAAAUGGGAGAUGGCUCUGGUGGCCCUCCCCCCCUUCCAUCGGUCACUGGAUCCCUCUGUCCCUCUUGGUGCUUACACAUUCCAGACUUUUUAGGCAAAACCUUGCAUAUAUUAACAGUGUUUCAGUACCCCUGUUCAUUACUCCCUGUGGUCAUUGAGACUUGGGAUAAAAACUCACAAAGCUAUGAAGAGGGCCUUUGCUGGGAAAGGUAUCUCUAACUUACCUCUUUUCUUCAGUGAGUUGGCAGUAACGCUGGGUGGAAUCUUCCCAUUGUCAAUGGCCAGGUUGUGAAUACUUCCAUAUAUACUUUCUAUUAAUGUUACUGUAGUUUCUGUUUUGAAAUAAAGAUUCUGAAUGUA